AUGGAGGAGAGAAUGGAGGAGAGAGAGGAGGAGAGGAUGGAGGAGAGAAUGGAGGAGAGAGAGGAGGAGAGAGUGGAGGAGAGAGAGGAAGCGCGGGAGGAAGCGCGGGAGGAAGCGCGGGAGGAAGUGGAGCCACAAAAGGGAAGAGGAAGUGGAGAAAGUGAGAGGGCGGAGAGGGAGGAGAGGGCGGAGAGGGAGGAGAGGGAGGAGAGGAAAGAGAAGGAGAGGGAGGAGAUGAAAGAGAAGGAGAGGGAGGAGAGGAAAGAGAUGGACGAGGGGAAGGAGAGGGAGGAGAGGAAGGAGAGAAAUGAGAGGGAGGAGAGAAAGGAGAUGGACGAGGGGAAGGAGAGGGAGGAGAGGAAGGAGAGAAAGGAGAAGGAGGAGAAAAAGGAGAGGGAGGAGAGAAAGGAGAGGGAGGAGGGGAAGGGGAGGAAGGAAAGGAAGGAGAGGGAGGAGAGGGAAGAGACGGAAGAGAGGGAGGAGAGGAAGAAGAGGGAGGAGAGGGAGAAGAGGGAUAAGAGGGAGGAAAGGGAGGAGAGAGAUAAGUGGGAGAGGGAUAAGUGGGAGGAGUUGGAUGAGUCACAUGAGGCAAAAGAAACCAGGGGGAGGGAGAAAAAGAAGGAGAAGGAGACAGAAGCGAGGAAGGAGAGGGAGAGAAAGCAGGAUCAAGAGGAGAAAGGGAGGGGGGAAACAGCCUCUGCUCCUGCUGCUGCAGCUGCUGCUGGGGCAGCUGUUUCCAGUGCGCUCAUGCUGCUGAGUCAGCACUGCACCACCACAAUGCCACGUGCACCUGCUGCUGACGUGGCAUGCCAAGGCGUGCUUGAUGAUGUGGUGGCUCGAGAGGGUCGCGGCAGGAUGGUGUCAUGUGGCAAAAAGGCUGACGUGGCAGGUACUGGUUACGUGGCAGCUGGUGCAAGGUCACACGUGGGUGUUGCUGGCAUGGUUGCGAGGCCAGAAAGAGAAGCAAUUGCAGGGGUUAAUAUGAUGUAUGAAGAAGAAAUGGGUGGGGCGGCUGCAGGUGAUGCGACAAGGUCACGCGUGGGUGUUGCUGGCAUGGGUGUGAACACUGGAAGAGAUGCAAGUGCAGGGGGUAAUGUGAUGUGCGAGGAAGAAAUGGGUGGGGCGACAGCGGUAGUGGGACUCUGGCGGCAGAGGGUAAGGGAGAGGGAAAGGGAGAGGGAAAGGAAGAGGAAAAGGGAGAGGGAAAGGGAGAGGAAAAGGGAGAGGGAAAGGGAGAGGGAAAGGGAGAGGGAAAGGGAGAGGGAAAGGGAGGGGGAGAGGGAGUGGGAAAGGAAGAGCAGAAGGGAGCGCGAACAAGAGGGAGAAAGGGAGGGGAAAAGGGAGAGCCAAGGGGAGAGGGAAAGGGAGAGGGAAAGGGCGAGGGUUCGGGGUGCUGAGCUCAGGGUGCUGAGCUCAGCUGCAGGUGCAGCUGUGUGUGUGCUGUGGGCGCAGAGAAGUGGUGCUGCGGGCGCAAGGGAGAAGUGGUGCUUUGGGCGCAAAGGAGAAGUGGUGCUGCGGGUGCAAGGGAGAAGGGGUGCCGUCGGCGCAAGGGAGAAGUGGUGCUGUGGGCGCAAAGGAGAAGUGGUGCUGCGGGCGCAAGGGAGAAGGGGUGCCGUCGGCGCAAGGGAGAAGCGGUGCUGUCGGCGCAAGGGAGAAGGGGUGCUGUGGGCGCAAGGGAGAAGGGGUGCUGCGGCGGAGAGUACAAAGGCAGGGCUGGCAGGAGCAGUGGCAGGCACUGGAGCUGGGAUGUAG